GAUCCCAGGGCCAGGAUCCGUCGCUCGGCCCUGCCAUGGCCGUCACCAUCACGCUCAAAACGCUGCAGCAGCAGACCUUCAAGAUCCGCAUGGAACCUGAUGAGACGGUGAAGGUCCUAAAGGAGAAGAUAGAAGCUGAGAAGGGUCGGGAUGCUUUCCCCGUGGCUGGACAGAAGCUUAUUUAUGCCGGCAAGAUCCUGAGUGACGAUGUCCCCAUCAGGGACUAUCGCAUAGAUGAGAAGAACUUUGUGGUUGUCAUGGUGACCAAGGCCAAAGCUGGCCCAGGCACCUCGGCACCCCCGGAGACUUCACCCACUGCUGCCCCUGAGUCCUCCACAUCCUUCCCGCCAGCCCCUGCCUCAGGCAUGUCUCAUCCCCCACCUACGGCCAAAGAGGACAAGAGCCCAUCAGAGGAAUCAGUCCCCACGAUGUCCCCGGAGUCUGUGUCAGGCUCUGUUCCCUCUUCAGGUAGCAGCGGGCGAGAGGAAGAUGCGGCCUCCACGCUAGUGACUGGCUCUGAGUAUGAAACGAUGCUGACAGAGAUCAUGUCCAUGGGUUAUGAGCGGGAGCGGGUUGUGGCUGCCCUGAGAGCCAGCUACAACAACCCCCACCGUGCUGUGGAGUAUCUGCUCACGGGAAUUCCUGGGAGCCCUGAGCCAGAGCACAGCUCCGUCCAAGAGAGCCAGGUGUCCGAGCAGCCGGCUACAGAAGCAGUAGGAGACAAUCCCCUGGAGUUCCUGCGGGACCAGCCCCAGUUUCAGAACAUGCGGCAGGUGAUACAGCAAAACCCAGCGCUGCUGCCCGCCCUGCUCCAGCAGUUGGGCCAGGAGAACCCUCAGCUUUUGCAGCAAAUUAGCCGGCACCAGGAGCAGUUUAUCCAGAUGUUGAACGAGCCCCCUGGGGAGCUGGCGGACAUCUCAGACGUGGAGGGUGAGGUGGGUGCCAUAGGCGAGGAGGCCCCACAGAUGAACUACAUCCAGGUGACGCCCCAGGAGAAAGAAGCCAUAGAGAGGUUGAAGGCCCUUGGCUUUCCAGAGAGCCUGGUAAUCCAGGCCUACUUCGCCUGUGAAAAAAACGAGAACUUGGCUGCCAACUUCCUCCUGAGUCAGAACUUUGACGAUGAGUGAUGUGGGGACACCAGGCUGCCCACCAUCCCACCUUACCCCCAUUCCCCAGAAGUUUUAUAAAAGAAAUAUAUAUAUAUUCAUGUUUAUUUAAGAAGUGGAAAAAAAGUUGAAAACCUUUAAAAAAAAAAAAAAAAAAAUUCCAUUUCCUGCUCUCCUCAAGUGUCCC